AUGCUACCCGGACGACAGAAAUGGACCAGAACAAGGACAGGCUGUUGGACUUGCAGGCAAGCUGGAUAUAAGUGUGAUGAACUCAAACCAACCUGUGGGCGAUGCGCCAGACUCAAAAUCACUUGCGAGGGUUAUGCGCCUCGACUGACAUGGCGUGAUACUGCAACCCAAGAAUCGGGUGGACGUAGUAGAAAGCGAAAACAGACCUCCAAAUCGUCUUCAAAUCCAAAUCUGCGUGGUCACUAUGCAACGCCAUCGGUGGCCAGCACAGUUUCUGCAUCUCAAUCAAUAAAGUCCGAAGAUGCUAUCGAGGUUGUGCCGAGAAAAGAGCUGUCACGUUAUAGCGGCCCUGCCAGUAUGGUCCAAGGGCUACAGAUCGAGGAAUAUCGUCACUUGCACCAUUGGUCUACAGUUGUAGCGCCUUUGCUGUCGGUCGCCUCGCAGAACGAAGUCAACCCUUUCCAGCAAUACUUAAUCCCUAUGGCUUACGAGAAUAGCCCACUGCUCUAUACUGUUUUGCUCUGCGCUGCAAAACAUCUCUCUCUACUUGUUGGCCAACAGCAGGAUCAGAAACAGGUUCUGCGCUACCAGGGCCUUGCCCUUCGCAGUUUGAAUGAAGCUUUGAGCAAUGAGCGUGAAGCUCUUAAUGAUCCCACCCUAGCCGCGGUGCUAUUGAUGCAGCUCAGCCAGAUGUUCGCCUCGGAUCAGGAGCCGAAAGCAGAUCAUCUAGUUGGUGCAAAAUACAUCAUCACGAAGAGACGUCGUCUCACUGAUAAGCCCGAUUCUUGUGGAAGGUUCCUGGAAAGUCUGUUCAAGUACCACGAUAUCAUGUCCUCAAUAUCGAGAAGCGAUCGCCCUCUUCUACAUUAUGAUGGAACGAUUGCCUCGGAUUCGGACGCAUUUCUUGGAACUAUCGAACCACUACUGGAGAUCAUCUCCCAGAUCAGUGAGCUUCGGCCGCGGAAGAGGCUCACAUCUUGGAACACAGUAGGCGAUGUUGACGGAGAAUCCCACGCCUCAUUUGUUCGCGUAAGUGGCUCACUCCUGGAGAGUCAACUGAAUAGCUGGAUUGCACCACACAACGACGCAGACUGGGUCAACACGGCCGAGGCCUUUCGUCAUGCCGCGUACAUUUACUUGUAUCGUGUCAUCGAUAACAUCGGCGCACCUGAUCCCCGCACGUUGCGACACGUCAAGCAUUGCAUUGACGCCCUGAGAUCCACUGCAAUCACCUCGCCUUUACUAUCCGUUCAUGCUUGGCCAAUAUUUACGGCAGGAUGUGAGGCAUUGGAUGCUUCUGAGCGAGACUUUUGCCGCCAAAGGCUUGACGACAUGUACAAUGACCGAAAAUUAUUGUCGUUACUCCGGAUCAGACGAGCAAUGGAAGACGUCUGGAGUCAAAAGGAUCAAGAAGCCCUAUUUGGUGCAGAUGUGGGCAAACUCGACUGUAUCGAUGUAUUAAAGCAAAGAGGAAGCAACGUUGAGCUCGGUUGA